AUGGAUAUCAACGUAUGUGUGAAGAGAUACUACAGGGCUGAUCUCCUCAGCUGUUUAACAACAUCGCUAAUUUUAUUCUUUGCGGUUAUUUUUGGGGAUUACUCAAGGGGAGUGGAUCGACUAACAAAGCAAAUUACAUACCUCUUACUGGUUCUGGUUCCAGCAAAGGUAUUCAUUCACACAUUUGUGAUACCAAACUACACGUUUUCUACACACAAAAAUGGAAACAACAUUUUGAGGCGUGGCAGGAGCGAGAAGUUCAGGCUCAUGAGAAACUCUUGCAUCUACCUUUUCUUCCUUGCGCUGAUUCUGACUACAAACAACAACCCUCUUCAUAUAUUGAAUUAUGUGUUUGUAACAAUCGUAUUCACAACUGUAACCUUUGGAACAGUUGUGCAUUUCAUUUACCUGGAAAAGGGUGAUUUUACCGACUCUAAGAAUGCAGAAGAAAAGGAUAAAGCCACAAAAAAAUUCUACAGUUCGUUUGUUAUUUAUGUACUAUUGCUUGCUCUUGGUGUUUCCUUUGGCAAUUUUUUGGUUCUUUUGGACUGGUAUCAAGUUUAUGCCCAGUUUCCAAUCACUUCGUACAUUGGACUUUCAGUGGGUCACAUACUCGCGUCGGUUGCAUCAAACCUUUUAUACUUGUAA